AUGAGCAGGUGCUUGUGCGCCACGUCACAUGCCACUAAGGCCAUACCAGCCCCAAAAGGUGUCACGCUGCACCACGCUGUCGACCUCGGAUCGCCCACGUCACUCCAUAUUCGCUGGCGGCUUGCUUCUCAAGCCGCUGUCGAAGGAAAUGGGGCCGCGUCGCUAGUCGUGGCGGAGGAAGAGGAGUGCGAGGGGGAGGCGGAGGACGGGUAUUGUAGCGCGCAGGAGUUUAGCAGCGAAGAGAAAGAACCCGCGGUGGACGAUUUGCGCGAUUCACGCGCAGAGGAGCCGCGGAAAGAACAGCAGGCGGCGUCGCCAGUGAUUACGUGGCAGCUCGUGGUUGGUCUGGUGCUGCGGCACAAACUGCGGCUGGUGGGGCUCGCCGUGGGUCUCAUCGCGGGGACGACGUGCAACGUGGUGCUGCCGCGCAUCAACGGUAACUUCGUGCAGGCGCUCGUGGCGCCCGUGCCCGUGCCGCUGGCGCAGCUGCUGCUACCGAUUGCGGCGAUCUACGUGCUGGAGCCGGCGGCCACGCUGCUGUUCGUGUCGUCGCUCUCCGCCGUGUGGGAGUCCGUCAUGGCCGCCGUCAGGGUCCGCGUCUUCCGCCGCCUGCUGCUGCAGAAGGUGGCGUUCUACGACGCGCACAAGGUGGCGGCGCUGAGCGGCGUGCUGUCGUCGGAGCUGGCGUUCAUGGACAAGGCCGUCACCGACAACGUCACGCGCGACCGCGGCCUCCGCUCCAUAUGCGAGGUGGUGUCGACGCUGGCGAUCCUGUUCGUCAUAGCGCCGGACCUAGCGCCGGUGUUUUCGCUGCUGGCGGUGGGCAUCUCGCUCAUCGCGGGCAUCUACAAGCGCGGCACGCUGCCCGUGUUCGCGCGCAGCACCGCCACCCAGGCGCGCAUCACCGACUCCGCCACCGAGACCUUCCAAGCCAUCCGCACCGUACGGUCGUUUGGAGGUGAGGCGCGGCAGCUGGGGCGGUUCGCAGGCCACGUGGCAGAGGCGCGGGAGACGGGCACGCGGCUGAGUGUGCUCAAGUCGACCAACGAGGCGCUGACACGUGGCUGCGUAUACAUCUCCCUCAUGUGUGUCUACAUCCUGGGCGGGCACAAGGUCCAAAUGCACCUCAUGCCAUCCCAUCAACUCAAUCCACCCAUCCCAUGCACCCAUCUCACCCCAUCCCCCCGCAAUCGCCAUCCCGCAUGUCAUGCGGAGCAGGGAGGGAUGGCAGCGGGCACGGUGCUGGCGUUCGUGGGCUACACCUUCCUCCUCACCUUCGCUAUCCAGGGGCUGGUGAACACCAUGGCGGACGUGCAGAACGCGCUCUCUGCAGUGGCGCGCAUCAACGCCCUCCUCUCCGCCUCGCCCCCCGAACCCAACCUCUCCAUCCCCGAACCGCUCCCGGACCUCUCCGUGCCGCUUCCCCCCUCCACCCCUUGCCCCGAGCCGGCGGCCGUGGGGGUGGUGGGAGAAGCGGAGGAAAAGGAGGGGCUGAUUGCGGUGCAGAGAGGGAAUGGAGCGGUGGUGGGGGGCGGGAAGGGGUUGUCGGCGUGUGAGCUGGCAUGGACGGGCGACAUUGAGUUCAGAGGUAGCUCUCCUUCCUCCUGUCCAAUUGCUCUCUCUCCUCAACCACGUCCUCCCCCUUCCCUCCUUCCCUCGCCCACAGACGUGCGCUUUGCGUAUCCGCAGCGGGCGGCAGUGGAGGUGAUAAAGGGCAUCAAUCUCGUGCUGCCACGUGGCACUGUCACAGCGCUCGUGGGCGGCAGUGGCGCGGGCAAGUCCACCGUCGUGCAGCUGCUCUCCAGGUUCUAUGAGCCGGUAGCGGGCACGGUAUCACUGGCGGGCGAGGACAUAGCAUCAUUCGACCGCACGCAGUGGACGCGCGCAGUCUCCCUCGUGAGCCAGGAGCCCGUGCUCUUCGCCAUGUCCGUGCGCGACAACAUUGCCUAUGGCCUCCCAGACGCUGACGUGGCAGAGGCUGACGUCAUCAGGGCUGCCAAGGCGGCCAACGCCCAUGAGUUCAUAGUGAAGCUGCCCCAGGGGUACGACACGAUGGUGGGGGAGAGGGGUGGGCUGCUCAGCGGCGGCCAGAGGCAGCGUCUCGCAAUAGCGCGAGCGAUACUGAAGGACGCGCCGAUUCUGAUUCUGGACGAGGCCACGAGUGCACUCGACAGCGUGUCGGAGCGACUCGUGCAGCAGGCACUGGAGGGGCUCAUGCAGGGCCGCACGACGCUGGUGAUAGCGCAUCGGCUGAGCACGGUGCAGGCAGCAGAUCAGAUCGUGGUGAUGGCGGCCGGCCGGCUUGUAGAGAGGGGGACACACGCCCAGCUCGUGGCACAGGGGGGUGCUUAUGCCACACUGGUUAAUGCGCAGCACUUGACGUUUGAGUAG